AAAUAAGUACGACGGAACACGGACGACGGUCGACGGUCCAACGGAUUUGGACGACCGGGAUCGGGACUUGUGUUGUGUUGUGUGUUGUUAGCAUUCAGUCUGCGCUUUUCGGCUUCUGGCGGCCAUCCGACAGAAGUUGGCCACGGCAGUGUGGCCAGGGUUUUUUGGGGGGGCGAGCGUCAGCUCGCUUGCUGCAUCUCUAAUUCAACUUGUUGUAAUUAUAGCGAGAGCAUCAGCAGCAUCGGUAUUAUAUGUUUUCGGGAGUUUCGGCAAACGGCGCGCUCGCUCGUUUCGGUCCAGCAUUAUAGCUCCCUGGUUGAGGGAGUUUUUGUGGAUGGUUUCUGCGGUCUGGAAGAGUGGAUGGUAAGGCAACAAGAGGACAUUAAAUGGCGUACCUCCAAGAGAUUCCCCGAGACCAGUGGGAAAAACCAUAAUAGCAAUUUUAGUCUAAAAUUGUACUCGGCUGACUUUGGAAGCAAACAGGUCAGCUCUUCCAAGUGUUGUCCUUUCUAUUUGGAAUCUUCCUGGAUAAGGCCGCGGUCAGUGGGUAGGGCACUAUUUGGUGGCCGAAUCAGUGCCAAACGAUUAAAACCGAUUUUGUGUGCGGAAAAAUUUGACAACAUUUUCGGGACACCCGAAAAAAAAUCACCGGAAAUAAAAAAGCGCGCGCGCCCAUUAUAGAGUCCUCUUAAUAGAGUAAAGUGGUUACCGUGUUGUUGUAUUUUUUUUCUCUCUCCUCGGGACCAGUUGCAACUGAACCCUCUUUUGUGGGGGUUUAUUUUUCGGCCAGAAUUCAUUCCUGGAAGUCCGCGCCAUUUGGCAAGUGGAGGGGGAACCCGCGAAAAAAGUGACUCGCUGCGAAUCAAACGCGUUGGUGAUACACCAAAUACAAAAAAAUAACGAAAAAAAAAACAAACCGCUCCCGCGGAUCUGACCAGGGGGUGGCCACUCUGCGGAUAUCGCGCCGCGACGGUCUGGUCAAAUUCGCACCCCGGAUCCCCAACCGGGACGCAGGACUUUCGGGGAGACGAAGUGCGGUCAGCAGAAAAGCUUUUCCCGGCCAAAUUUCGGUUUGGUUUUCUGUGUGUGUUCCCGUGCUCGUUUUUUCGUUCCAACUAUUUUUUUUCGUGGAAGUUGCCAACCCGCGAAUCGAUUCCCGCGGCCUACUAUUGGGCAACUCGCGGGACACCCAAUCGACGAGAGAUGGAAACCGGGUGUGAACAAAAUCGUUGAACACCCACGGAGAAAAAAAAACCCGAUUGGUGUGAAUCCAAUCGCAGUAGCCGAUGGGAUUUUUUCGACCCUUUCGAGAAGUGACCGAUGAAAAAGAAUAACAACAACAAACCGGAAGUACGACACCAGCAAACCUCAACGAGUACAACGCCGACAGAGAGAGAGGCAACAAAAAAAGUAAAACCCGGUUGGCGUUGACAAAAAUGUGAAGUGAAGUGUUGUUGGUGGUGUGGCUUUCUCGUGUUGUGCCGUCAGAAAAAAAACGAGUUUAAACAGUGAAAAUAUAUUUAUUUGUGUGUGAUUUGAUACCUUGGUGGAUUCCGAAACGCGUGUAUGGAGAGUGUCACAAUUGCGUGUUAAGUGACGGGUCCCCAGUCAGUGUGAUUCGAACGAAAAAAAAAAAGGAACAGGGCUACCCCCAAAACCUCAACACGAAGGUCACCGGGUACCAUACUCCGUCAACAACAAAAAAAAACAGAGAGAAGAACCAUCAAACCUCAAACACAAAAACCAAAACCAACUGGGGGGGAACAUCAACCAAAAAAGUGAAGUAAAAAAGUGACUGGGUUUUUUUUUGGCUAUCCCCCAUCAUCAAUUUGGAACCUUAAUCGUGGAUAGUUAAAAGAAGUGGGCCGAAACGACAUCCCUACGCAGCGCACGUCAACAAAAUUUGUGUGUGAUUUUUAGGUAUGUUACAGGACAACUAAAAAAAAAAUAACCGGAAACACAUCGGCGUGGAUUGAAUAGAAUAAUAGUCUCUCCCUCCAUGAACCGUUUACAUACGCCCUGUGGCCGUCGGUGGAUGUCACUACGCGACUACUAGGUACUACGCCUGUAUCUCUGCAUUCUGCGGUUCACCUGCGGAACCGGAAACGGAACUGGAACUGGAACUUCAUGCCGACUCGUCGUCGUUGGCGUCAACAAAUCGGAACAGUGAAGUAAGCAUUCAACACCAGACAGUCAAUUAAUAUGUGCAACUAGACUGUGACUAUGAGUUCGACCAAACGGAAAUUUCUACAGUGAAAAUCACUCGUUUCAAAUCGAGGAAACGGAGUAAAACCCGUGAAAACAACAAACGAUGUGCUAAAUGUUGAAAAAGUAAAAUAGAACCGGGAACUCAUGUGGACGUGAGUUGUGUGAUUUUUGCAACGGUAGCCAUACACAGAAAACAACGCUUAAAUUGGAAGGGAAAAUAUCAUACCAGACCUAAAAGGGGAAGUUGGUUGUUAUUGGUGCGUGUGUGUUUGUGAUAAUAAUAGCAUAAAUCAUUAGUGUAUCGAUAUUAAAAAUGCAUCUGACUGCGAACAACAACAGCUCGACCAACAAUGCGAGUGGGGGUGGUGGGGGAACGACCAAUGGAAGCGGUUCCAAUAACAACAGCACCGCCAACAAUAAUGGCAGCUCGAACAACAGCAAUAGCAAUAACAAUGGAAGCAGUAACAAUAACAACAACAACAGUUCGGGAACAGCAGGUGCCGACAACAACAAUGGGCCCCCAUCCGCCGCCAGCAUCCUCCAGGACACCUACUCGAAGAUGACCUCGGACAUCCUGGCCGAGCGGACUCUCGGCGAUUUCCUGUCCGAGCAUCCGGGCGAGCUGAUCCGAACCGGGAGUCCUCUGUUUGUUUGCACGGUGCUGCCACCGCACUGGCGAUCGAAUAAAACACUUCCGGUUGCGUUCAAGGUCGUCGCCCUGGGGGAUGUUGGAGAUGGGACGAUGGUGACGGUGCGGGCGGGGAACGACGAGAAUUACUGCGCGGAGCUGCGGAACUGCACCGCAGUAAUGAAGAACCAGGUGGCCAAGUUCAACGAUCUGCGGUUCGUGGGGAGGAGUGGAAGAGGAAAAAGUUUCACCCUCACCAUCAUGAUAUCGACCAGCCCUCCACAAGUGGCCACCUACAAUAAGGCCAUCAAGGUGACCGUCGAUGGACCUCGGGAGCCCCGAUCCAAAACACGGCAGCAGCAGCAGUUCCACUUCGCCUUCGGCCAGCGGCCGUUCCACUUCCCGGCCGAUCCGCUGUCCAGCUUCCGAAUGCCACCGAUAGACAUGUCCCAAUUCGGCCUCGGAACUGCAAAUUCCCACUGGAGCUACAGCUCAACGGGGCCCUACUCACCAUACUUAACAUCCUGCACAACUCCAACGGCAGCCCAGUUCAACAACCCCGCCCUCGGCUUCACCUGCUCAAGUGGAGAGCAGAACGCCGGCCAGGACUUCACAACCGGCGGAGCAGGCACCGGUCGAGAUUGCGUUCCAAUGUUACCAGAUUCAACGGCCGCCGAUUUGGACCAGCAGCUGAGUAGUUUGGUCGGGACCCAACAAACGGCUCAGAUGACCCACCCCAGUUUGAUGAGCGCGGGUGGGAAUGGAGCUGGAACCGGUGGCAACGGGACCAAUGCCAAUGGAGUGACCUCUCAAACCUCAAAUACUAUUACGACGACCAAUGGAUCGAAUGGACUUUUGGUACCGAGGUAUCAGAGUAACUCCAGCAAUAAUGAGUAUACACUUCACACGAGUCAAAGCGGUCCUCGGAGUUUGAGUGACUCAUCGCAAGCGGAAUCUCCAGUCCAGGAAGAUCUGUUGUCUUCUAACACGCCAAACUUGGGAACGGGAGCCAACCAGAACUUCUCCAGUUUGGUGGUCAACCAAAGUCAGGCGAACUACGGCACCGGAGGAGGCAGUUGUAACGGAUCUUUGUAUCCGGUACUUCCGGCUAGUCUCCUCUACUCUCAACUCUACACGGCAGCUAAUCAGACGCAUGGCUUCCACAAUCAUCAUCUCCAGAACAGCCACUCAACAACCCCCAACUCUUCGAUGCAUGCCGGAGAACUUCAGAGCGUAAUGGACCAUCUGACUUCGACGACGGCCUCAGUCGGAGGUCGACAGCAUCCGAAUCUGAUGAGCAAUAACCCCCACACGGACCUCUCACUUAUCGGCAACUGUGGGGCCAUGGCUCGGGGAGCCCUAGACGAUUCCGGAGUACGAGCUUUGGCCGGAGGUCGUGGAGUUCCACCCCAGGGACAGGUUCAGUCCGAGAACGGCAACUCCGUCUGGCGACCCUACUGAGGAAAGCUUCAACCGUAGGAACAGGGUGCAAUAUCCGGGGAUUAGGGUGUUUGAUCAUCCCCUUUUUUUUUUAAACCGGGUCGUUGAUUUUUCUGUUACGUUCUUUCUAAGACAACUCACUCAAUGGGUGCUUCGGACUUAUGGGGGCAUUGUUGGGAUGGCGUAGUCGUUGAAUUUUCAACGUUUUCUCUGUUAUGACUCCAUUUGUCCAAAAGUAUCCGACCUGUAGAUACGUGUUUUAUCCUCCAGGAUAGCGCAUUCGAUACCAACGGUUGAUGUACACUACUGAAAAAAGCAAACCAAAAAUCACAAUUAACUAAUAUCAUAGAUGUUAUACCGUACUUUUAAUUGUAAAACUUAUGUAGCUUAGUACCGAAAGCUUCCAUUCAGCUGUAAGGAAGCAACACUAAUUCGAAGAAAAAAAAACCUCUACUUCGCAAUAUGUAUACCUUUUCUUGUAAAUUUUGAAGAAGAAAAAAAAUCUAAAAAAACCAAAUCUAUUAUUAAUAAAAAUCUUAAGCCCCCAGUCUAUUAAAUCAAUUUUUGUGUAGCCUCUCUUAGAACAUGUGAUGGAACACAGGUUGCCAAUUCAAUUGAUAAAAUAGAAAGAAACUCGAUGGAACAGCUAAGAAGACAACCAUUAAUCCGUUUAGCGUGUAAGUACUGCUAGUUACCGAAAAAAGCUAAUUAAACUGUUAUUUGUUUACUUUUAAGCAGCUAUUAAAGUAAAAUUAUAAAUAAAAACUGAGGAAAGUUCUCCAAUUUUAACGUCAAAUGAAAGAAAAUAAUGAAAAAAAUGUGAAGAAAAACCCAAUCGUAGCCAAAGUAGUAGAGAAAGGUAAAGUUUAAAUGAAUUUACAUCACCCCAAACAGUGCUAUAUAAUUUGUAAGUUUCGAACGGGAUCCAAAACUAUUGAAAUUGAUGUGAUUGAUGAGAAGUCGUUCAAGAUAGUCAACCAAGAUACAUCCGAAGGUUGAAGCUUCCAAUGAGAUAAAAAAUUAUGUAAAAAGAAAACAAGAUGAACCAGCUCCAUAAAUUCCUUUCCUGGAUCAAGUGAUGAAUCAAUAAAGCUGAGCAAUUUCAAUGUA